AAUAAUACUAACAAAGUAACAAUGGAUCUGGAUUCCAGAUUCAGGCAACAAAAUAUGGGUCGGGUCACUAUAUAAUAUUGGAGGUAAGGAACACAAGUUCUAACCACUUAAGGGAGGAGCUCUGCUGUGCUGCUCAUCAUCUUCUUCUGUCAUAUACAGAGAUGGCUUCAGAUUCUAAAGUCUAUCACUUUGAUGAGGUGGCACAGCACAAGUACAAGAAAGAUUGCUGGAUUAUAGUCUCUGGAAAGGUUUAUGAUGUCACUCCUUUUCUGGAGGAACACCCUGGAGGUGAUGAAGUCUUGCUAUUAGCAGCUGAUAGGGAUGCAACUGAUGAUUUCAAUGAUGUUGGCCACAGCGAUUCUGCAAAGGAGAUGAUGGAAAAGUACUACGUAGGCGAGGUUGACACAUCCACAAUACCAGAGCAGCCAAAUUACAAGCUGCCUGCACAAGCAACAGCUCCUCAAGCUGACCAAUCUUCUGGAUUUGUGGUAAAACUUCUACAGUUUCUGCUGCCCUUGUUGAUCUUGGGGGCUGCAUUUGCUCUGCAAUACUACAGUAAAAAGAAGUAGUUCAGUUCUCCUUUCACACGGAACUUAAUGUUAUUUGAGACCAAGAAUGUCUAUCACUCAAGUGGUAAUAAUGGAGUUUUCCAUUGGUACUGUACAUUUUUAAAUAUCUUGUACUACCCGUUCAUAUAUUUGUAUGUGUGCUUGGAAUCUAUCGACUUGGGAAUGCAUAUUGAAAAGAUUUGCCUUUCAGCA